AAUUUCCGGGCCGAAGGGAGAGGAGCAAAUCAAGCGAUCGACGCUCAGGAUCAUGUAUGAGGGGAACCCGGUUUGCGAAAACAUCAGACGUUACGGAAAAAAAGUAACUGUCUUGAUGAAAUUUUAAGUGUGAAACAAACUUAACUGCGAAGACCGGACACAGGUCCAGGAUGCCAAUUCCUCCCCCUCCACCCCCUGGGGGACCCCCUCCUCCUCCCACCUUUAGCCAGGCAAAUAAUACCCCUCCCAAGCUGGCCCAGGAUGAAACAAAGGGCAGAGGGGCAUUGCUUUCUGAUAUAUGCAAAGGGGCCAAGUUGAAGAAAGUGGACGUUGUCAGUGAUAGGAGUGCACCUAUGAUUGAGAAGCCAAAAGGAAGUGGUGGAGGUGCGCCAAGUAGUGCCGGAGGUUCUGCGCCAGUGCAACCAGUAGGCGGGCUGUUUCAGGGUGGUGUCCCAAAAUUGCGACCUGUAGGAGAUGGUUCCGUCAGCAGAUCUGCACUUCAUCCACCUGGCACUCGUUCUGCUGCUCCUCGCCCACCUGGCGCCCGUGAUGAUCCUGACAGUCCCUCUCAGCAGAAUUCACCUCCAGAGUCCAGCCGUUCCCAGAGACCGUCCCUGCCUGAUCUCUCCCGGUCCCCCAGUGGAGGUAACAGCCCCUCUACCGGCAUGAAGCACAGUUCUUCUGCCCCCCCUCCUCCACCACCCAUGUCUCGACGUGGAAACGCUCCACCUGCUCCACCACAGAAGGCUGCGGCGGCCUCGUACAACCGAGAAAAGCCCCUUCCGCCAACUCCAGGCCAGAGAGGACCCUCGCCAGCACCUGUUCGUGAAAAUGCACCUCCUCCGCCAGUGAAACCACCUCCGUCUCCUGCGAGCAGCCGCUCCUCUUUGUCCUCCUCUUCCUCCCUGGCCCCACCUCCACCCUCUUACCAUCAGCAGUCGGGGGUUUCAAAUGGCCCCUCCAGUCCUAUAAACGAGGCGGCACCUGAGCUACCCCAGAGACAACACUCGCUCAGCAAGAAGCCCUCAGCAGGUGGACACACCCCGACGCGUGGGCAUGCUCCCCCUCCACCGCCAUCACCCACCCCACAAGCUGGAAGACCCCCCCCUCCAGCUCGAGAGCCGCCGGGACGAGGAGCAGCUCCUCCAGUUCCUGGACAGCCUUCUCGUAAUGGCCGGGAUGCUCCUCCGCCGCCACCUCCUUACAGAGGUAGCACCUCAGAUGUUCCCAGCCGAGGCAAGCCCCCUCCUCCCCCCUCCCGCACACCAGCCGGACCUCCACCCCCUCCCCCGCCCAUCCGCAAUGGACACACUUCCAUUUCCCGUUCCUUUGUAGAUGAUUUCGAGUCCAAGUAUUCUUUUCAUCCUCUGGAUGACUUUCCUCCUCCAGAAGAGUAUAGACACUUCACUAAGAUAUACCCAAGCAAAGCCAACAGAGUAAUGAGAGGAGCUCCUCCUUUACCACCUGUGGGGAGGUAAACACUGUGACCAGUCGCUCGUCCUGCAUCGGAGAUGAGGGUUCUUCAAGCAGACCCAUACGUUCAUAAACAGACAAUCUUAUGUGCACAACUUAACUCACAAAGCCUGCACCUUAUUAACAGCCAUUCCCCAUUUGGAUAACAUUCCUUUACAUGUCAAACUCAACUCUCCCAUUACCACUUUUUAUCUUUGUGGACAGAAGUGCGAGACUUCCAGGAAAGUGUUGCAUUCCACCAACAACAAUCGCCAAUUGUUUUUUGUUUGAUAUUUUAAGUACCUUUUUCCUAGGUAGCACUGCACAUUUAAUUUAAUGUGCAUUGAGAGCUAGCUGAGCGUAAUGUUGUCAAUCUGUAUGUAGGUAGCGGAAAGCACAUCCCUGUAAAAUGUCUUAACUAUCACGUCAGGCAACAUAAUUAAGGCAUCGCUCACCCAAAAAUGGAAAUUCUGUUGUCAUAGACUUUGUUUCUAUGACGACAGCCAAAGUCACCGAUCACUUUUAUUGCAUAAUUGUUCAGUACAAUUAAAUUGAAUGGCGACUGAGGCCAACUUUCUUGGUUUCCAAGGAAGAAAGAUUUGGAACAUUAUGGUGGUGAGUUAAUGAUAUCAUUUAAAUUUUAGUUUAAAUGUUUGGGGUUUUUUUCUCUUAAAACACUACUUCAUGUUAUGCACUGUGAAUGUUAAUUGACACUCAGAGUGUGUGAACUGAACUUUAAAAACAAACUACAUUAGAUGUCGUUUUGUUUCCCUUUUUCAGGGAACAGCCGUUACCUUUAAUUUCUCUCGGGGGGGUGGUUGGACUUCAUCACCCUCUCCAAAGGCAGAGAACAUUAAGCUUUGUGAACAGCUCCAGAAGUGCCAAGAUAAUGCUCUACCAUUACCCAAACAACAAUCCUUCCAUCAUAAUGAACGAUUAUUUGUUACAAAGAUAGCCCAUGAGUUGAACAGGUUUGGGGAAGUUCAGCAAUACUCCUCGCAUUUUGUUCCAUGUCCUUAUGUGCAAUGUGAAUGCUGGCUUUUGUGAUUGUUCCCUAUAAUUGCUCCCUGUUAAGUUACAGAUUGGCAAAGCUUCAUCCUAUUCAUAACAUCGGCUUCACUUUUGUGACCUGGUUUUAAGCAAAACCUCUACUUUACAUUUGUGACCUGGUUGAGAGGAAACCAUGUCCAUGUUCUGCCAUAUGGAUUGGUUUUGUAGGGCAGGAUGGCAUAUAAGACUGCAUUUGUAUCCUGAUGGAGAUUCACUGGAAUUUUAUCAACUGUUACUGAAACUUAUCUAUAGCUCAACGACUUGAACUAGUUUUAACACUAAUGUUUAUGUGACACUUUAUCACUUUGCUAAAUAAUUUGUCAAGUUCAAUGCAUGGUGCUUUUUGGGAGAGGCCUCCGUUGAAAACGUUGGGCAUAUUUGCAUGUAAAGUUACACACUGCUUCCUGUAUUACAUUCAUUCCAUGUUUUUUUAUUACACGUCUGCUUUUGAAUGGCAGGACCAUAACAAAGGCUUCUACAAUGGGUUCUUAGUCAAUGUAGUAUUGCUGCAGAAAUAUGGUUACUUUACCUUAACCAAUCAUAUCAAACCAGUUAUGUACAAUUAACUUCCUCCUCAUUCACUGUAGCACCAUCUGAAAAUGAGACUUUGAGGGAUAGACUUACCGUCUCUUGAAUGACAUGUACAGUAUAUCAAAAGCUAUCAAAAGCUCCACGUGUAAUUUUUCACAGCUCAUGUUGUCUGGAGUUUUUAUCUACAAAAAUUUAUUGGAAGGAUCUUUUUUUAAUGUUUCAUCAAUGGAAUGAUCCAUAAA